AUGCGCUGGGCGUUUAUAGGCUUCGUCAUCGAAUUAUACGGUAUACUGGUUCUGUUUGGCGACUUCUUUGCUACGAUUGCGGGGUUCGCCAGGGCAAUUCCGGUCGUGGGGCCAUAUAUUGCGCGUGGAUUGGAGGCAUUGGGGGGUGCAGCGCAGAGUGGGAACGUGCCUGUUUGA